GAUUCUGAUUCUGAUUCUAUUCUAGGGGUCGAAAAAAAAGUUGGAUCGAAAGAAUGAAAGGAAUGCGAACUGGCAACCCUGACGAGAACGCGUGGUAUAAGGAAAAGGGGCGUGGUUAACUGGAAGUGGGCGUGGUGAGCGGAAGGAAGCGGACGGAAAGAAGAUGGCCAGCGUUGUUACUACGACACGUCUGGUGAUUUAAUCCCGGGACUGAACACGAGCUAAAGUAGAAGCUACACUAACGGAUUAUUAUUCUUCGUGUUGUCGCGGAUCUGUGUCCACUCGGCAGGAGGAUGAGUAAUAACAUGGCUGCACUUGGACCCGAAAUCCGAGGACUUCACGUCGCUGAGGACGACUGCAGGAUCUUGAGAGUGAAAGUCAUCGCUGGGAUUGGACUGGCUAAGAAGGACAUCCUGGGUGCGAGUGACCCAUACACCAGACUCUCUCUGUAUGACCCAGUUACUGGUGAAUUGGUCAGCCUCCAAACUAAAACCAUCAAAAAGACACUGGAUCCAAAGUGGAACGAGGAAUUCUUUUUCAAAGUUCAUCCACGCAAGCAUCGUCUGCUGCUCGAAGUGUUUGACGAGAAUCGUUUGACACGUGAUGACUUCCUGGGUCAGGUGGACGUUCCUCUGCAUCAGAUCCCAACAGAAGCGCUGGGCAGCGAGAGACCCUACACAUUUAAAGACUUCCUGCUCCAUCCGAGAAGUCACAAGUCAAGGGUCAAAGGUCACCUGAGGCUAAAGAUGACCUAUCUUCCCAAGAACAAUGGGUCAGAGGAGGAGCCGAGCGAGCAGGUCGAGGAAGUGGACGUAAGCUGCUGUUUUUAGAUCACUGUGUUUAUAAAACUGCACGUCUGAGUACACUUUCUCAGGUCCUUUAUUUA